GGCAGGGUGAGAAGCAGAAGUCGAGAGGUUUGUGCAGACUGGACAAGUACAUAAGGCGGGGGAGCAGACGGCCUUUCCUCCCACCAACGCUCUCGAGGCCCAGUUGUUGAAAAACAAAACCUACCAAGUCUUUGAUACCAUAUAACAUCUCUUUGGAUUCUUUCAAGACCGUAUAGCCUCAUAUAUAACCUCUUUCCACAAUCCCUAGACCUUUCACAACUGUCAACAUGCCCGCUCCCGAGGCUCCCCAGCAGCAGGCUCCCAUGGAGGUCCCCGUCGAGAACGGUGUUGUCACUCAGCAGCCGUCAGCCGAGCCCCAGCCCGAGAUGAGCCUCCGCGGUGGUGAGGAGGCUGGCUGCGAGAUUUGCUGCGGUCUCUGCGGCUGCGAGGAGUCGUGCUGCUAGAGAACCGGUCGGAUAAGAUUCGAUGGAAGAAGAAGGAAACACAUGGGUGAAGGGGAAACAAGCUUCAGGGCGAGGGAGGGGAGGGACCGCUGAGUGAGACACCAUGCGUCGGUGGGCCAGCUAUCUCCCCGUGGCGUUUGGCGACUUUUAUUAUUACCCCCUUUGUUACUAUCACUAACUACCUACCUAUCGUAAACUCAAGGGCAGAGUUGGAUAUGGAUGGGACAUACCAAUAAAAUCAAAUACUACACACAUCGCAUCACA